CUUAGAGCAUGGGUGUCAAACCGGUGGCCCUCCAGCUGUUGCCAAACUACAAGUCCCAUGAGGCAUUGCAAGAUUGACAGUUACAAGCGUGACUCCCAAAGGCUGAGGCAUGAGGCAGCUUGAGGGCCACCAAGACACAGCAGGCACUGGGGCCAGCACUACUGCUAGAUCAGGGAUGUCAAACUGGUGGCCCUCCAGCUCUUGCAAAACUACAAGUCCCAUCAUGCCUCUGCCUUUGGCAGUCAUGCUUGUAACUGUCAAUCUUGCAAUGCCUCAUGGGACUUGUAGUUUGGCAACAGCUGGAGGACCGCCAGUUUGACACCCGUGUGCUAGAUGGUAACUAGAGUCUUCCUUCUCCAGACCACAUGAAGAACAUUGCA